UCUAGGCUGUGGCCAAAGAGUAAUCGAGCUUUGGAAAUAUGUGUGUAAACGGGUUCUUGCUGGGAUUCGUGUAGCGUCGUUAGCACGCGCAUGUAUAAACAGCUUUUUGUGGUGUUUUCUUCGUGCCCUCUAAUUUCACAACACUAGUUUCGGCAGACGUAUACAAUAUUUUUACCUCAGCCAAAGCAACUAAACACACCUACCACCUGUAUAAUGACGACAAACUGUGUAAAUAGGACACCUCAAUGGAAGACAACAAUUAUAGUCAGCAAAUCACUAAAGAACCAUGACACAUCCAGGACACUUCUUGCGCAGGAGCAUCGUCUCCGAUUCUCAGACGCUGUGGCGUCUGGCUCCUUUGUUUUCCCUCAGUCAGGUAUUGCAUUCCUUAUUAUAAACCCACAAGAACAACCAGAGAACCUUGGGGAAGCAGGAGUAUAUUUUGACAAGAUCAAGGAGUUUGUGAUGGUUCACCGCAAUAGCUUCCUUCUCCUGCAAGCCCCUUUUUUUGGGAAGAAGGAACUGGACAUCUUGUCUGGGAUACAGUUCAGAUUCCUUGGCAGCAAUCUCAGAGUUCUACCUGUACACAACAACACUGAGGUAGUCAAGGCAAUGCUUACUAUAGCCAGAGCCACAAGUAAGCCCCAUGUGGACAGCAUGCGGGAUCGGAUGUCUCAGGCCAGGGCCCACAUCCUGGAGAGCAGCCCUGUGUGGGAGAUGCUCAGGGACAUUAAGCUGGGGUGAGCAGCACUGAGCAGCUGGUUCAUAGUGGGGAUCCCAGGUCCCGUCAAGUCUACCUUUCCAUGAGAAAGAGAGUGACACUAAUGGCAAAUUUAUACUAGGUCUGGCAUCAGCUGUGUUCACAGUAGAGAACGACUUGAAAUGGCAUGUGUUAUUCGCUACAUCUUAAGCAGAAUACUAUUACUGUGAAGGUCCUAGUAAACUGAAAAUGCAGGCAAUUUGUGAAAAGGCUCAUGCAAA